AUGGCAUUUCCAAAUAUGAUAAUGAACUGCAUUUAUUUUACAAUUAUGAAGAUGAAGCUGCUUCUGGAUGAUGAAACCAAAACGUCUCACCAGACUAAACCAAAUAAGUGGGAAACGAGAGCCAACAGGUGUCCGUUUUCUAUACCUGUGCGUAACGUGAAGGAUGGCUCAAGUCUCAAAGACAUGCUGCACCACCAGGCAGUCAAGAACCAACCAUGCACAUCAAAAGUUUGUGAAGGUUCUGUCAUGACUCCGAAGGCUCUAAUGCGAGGUCCCAAAGAUGCUACUCUUGAUAUCCUACCUCAGGCUAUCGACCUAAUCAACCAAUACUACAAGUCCUUCAAAAUCCCCAAAAUUGAACACUACCUCGCCAGAUUGGAGGAAAUUACUAUGGAGAUAGAUUCCACAGGAACCUAUCAAUUGACUUUUGAGGAAUUGGCGUUUGGUGCUCGGCAAGCAUGGAGGAACGCCCCAAGAUGCAUCGGCAGGAUUCAGUGGUCCAAUUUACAACUGUUUGAUGCCAGAAAGUGCAAGACUACUCAGGAUAUGUUCCAGUUUCUGUGCGAACACUUACAGUUUGCCACAAAUGGAGGAAACCUAAGGUCUGCGAUUACCGUCUUUCCUCCGAGAAAGGAAGACGGGCAUGAUUUCCGGGUGUGGAACAGCCAGUUGUUGAAGUAUGCAGGUUACCAGAUGCCUGAUGGCAGUAUCCAGGGAGACCCAUCCAGUGUAGAAUUCACUAAGAUCUGUAUCCAGCUUGGAUGGAAACCUCAAUACGGCCUCUUCGAUGUGUUGCCACUAGUCCUACAGGUCAACGGGGAGGACCCAGACCUUUAUGAAAUCCCUCCACACCUGAUCUUGGAGGUUUCCAUGGAACACCCCCAGCAUAAGUGGUUCAAAGACCUAGGACUGAAGUGGUAUGCUCUGCCUGCGGUGUCCAACAUGCUGAUGGAGAUUGGUGGACUUGAAUUCCCAGCCUGUCCCUUUAAUGGCUGGUACAUGGGCACUGAGAUUGGCGUGAGGGAUUUCUGUGACUAUCAGCGUUAUAACAUCUUGGAGGAAGUGGGUCGCAGGAUGGGCCUGGAGACGCACAAGCUGUCCUCACUUUGGAAGGACCAGGCCUUGGUGACCAUCAAUGUUGCAGUCAUAUACAGUUUCCAGAAGAACAAGGUAACCAUCACAGACCACCACUCUGCAGCCGAGUCCUUCAUGAAGCACUUGGAGACAGAGUUCCGGCUGCGCGGCGGCUGCCCUGCAGACUGGGCCUGGCUGGUUCCUCCCAUGUCUGGCUCCCUCACCCCCGUCUUCCACCAGGAGAUGGUCAACUACAUCCUCUCUCCCUUCUUCUACUACCAGCCUGACCCCUGGAUGACCCAUGUCUGGACAAAUGGAGAGAUGUGCCUGAAGAAGCAACAGAUCAGCUUCAAAGCGGUGGCCAGGGCGGCGUUCUUUUCUUCAACCCUCAUGAGCAGAGUGCUGGCUAACAGGGUGCGCUGCACUGUCCUGUACGCUACUGAAACAGGGAAAUCACAGACAUUGGCCCAGAGAGUGAACUCCAUGCUAAACUGUGCCUUCAACUCCAGGUUGCUCUGUAUGGAGGACUAUAACUUCAGUGACAUGGAACAGGAGAGCCUUCUGGUUGUGGUAACUAGCACCUUUGGGAAUGGAGACUCCCCUGGAAAUGGAGAGAGUUUCAAGAAGCAGCUUUUCUCCUUGCAGUAUCUCAGGAACAAGUUAAGGUACUGUGUGUUUGGGCUGGGCUCGAAGAUGUACCCACAGUUCUGUGCAUUCGCCCAUGCCGUGGAUGCCAAGCUGGAGGAGCUGGGGGCAGAGCGGGUGACGCCCACUGGAGAGGGGGAUGAACUGAACGGACAGGAGGAGGCCUUCUCUGCCUGGGCUCUCACCGCUCUCAAGGAUGCCUAUAAGGAGUUCAACAUCCAGGGACAGCUGAGUCUGCAGCUCCCUGGGGCAGAGCGAUUCUGCGAGGCCUGGGACCCACUGAGAUACCGCAUAGCACUGGAGAGCUGCCCCCAGGACCGCAUCACAGCACUUUCAGCCAUUCACUCUAAAACGGUCUUCCCUAUGAAACUGAAGAGCAAACAUAAUCUACAGAGCCCCCAUUCAAGCCGGUCCACCAUUUUGGUGGAGUUGGAGAGGGAGAGAAGUGCAGAGGUCAUGAACUUUUCUCCAGGAGACCAUGUUGGUGUUUUCCCAGGGAAUCUCCCUCAACUGGUGGCUGGCAUCCUAAAGUUCCUUCCCCAUAUGCCCCCAACCAACCAGUGCCUACGACUGGAAUACCGUUCUGACACCUGCCGAGAUGAUGAGAAAAACUGGCAGACUGUCGGACGCAUCCCAGCAUGCCCUUUGUCUCAGGCACUCACCUACUUCCUGGAUGUGACCACGCCCCCCUGUCAGAACCUCCUCCACAAGCUCUCUCAGUUGGCGAAACAGGACGGGCACCGCCAGCGUCUACUGACCUUGGCAAAGGACUCUCAGGAGUACACGACCUGGAAGAUGUUCCGUGUUCCCAACUUCCUGGAAGUCCUGGAGGAGUUCCCGUCUUUAGAACCCUCUGCAGCCUUCCUCCUCAGCCAGCUGCCUCUGCUCAAGCCCCGCCUCUACUCCAUCAGCUCCUCCCCUCAGCUCCACCCCAAUGAGCUACAUCUCACUCUGACAGUGCUCAACUAUCACACACAAGAUGGACAGGGUCCUCUUCACCACGGGGUCUGCAGCACCUGGCUGGAUACCAUUAAGAAAGGAGACCUGGUACCAUGUUUUAUCUACAGUUCAGGUGGGUUCCACCUCCCAGCAGAGCCCAGCACUCCAGUCAUUCUGGUGGGGGCUGGCAGUGGCAUCGCGCCCUUCCGAAGCUUCUGGCAACAACGGCUACACGACAUGAAACACCCAGAGUUCUCUGGAAGUCCUAUGAGCCUGGUGUUUGGCUGCCAGAGUUCGGAGACUGACCAUUUAUACCAAGAGGAGACACUGGAGAUGAGAAGGCGAGGGGUCCUGAAGAGUGUUACCUCCGCAUAUUCCCGCCAGCCAGGUCUCCCAAAGGUCUAUGUCCAGGAUGUACUGAGGGAGAGGAUGGCAGAGGAGGUGCUGAGUGUGUUGCACCAGAAGGAGGGUCACUUCUAUGUGUGUGGGGGUGUGAACAUGGCCCAGGGAGUUACUCUAGCAGUACAGGAGAUUCUGAGCAGCAAGCUUGGCAUCACCCUCACCCAGGCAGGAGAAUACCUGGCCCAGCUAAAGAUCCAGAAGAGGUACCAUGAGGACAUUUUUGGAGCCCAGUUUCAGAAGUGAGGUGGUCGGGCUCUGCUGGCUUGUGGGAAUAAACUCAAUGGACGGAGAAAGAUCUAGACAUAACAUGCAUUUUUCGCUAUUCCUGUGAUGCCCUGUUUUUGUUUUUGGUGAUAGAUUAGGAUUGUCACUUUGGAACAUGUGUGUAGCUGUUGGUGGUCCCAAGCAUACCACCUAGCCAUCCUUUGGCCCUCUGCCUGAAAAAUGUCACUUUAAGUAUAUUUCAAAGAGAUGAUUAUAACAUUUACAUUCACAUGAUGAUAUUAAAGAUUGAGUAUAGAUGCAUAGGUUUUAAGUCUAUGUAGCGUUUGUACAAUAUAACAGAAUGUGGGAUUGUUGAAUCUGAAUUAUGAAAAUGUUUAAUAUGCUUGU